CCAGGGAAAAGAAAAGGAACCGAAACUCUCCUCUAUUUGCGGUUUCUCACAUCGCUAUUGAUUCGUGUCAAAAAGAUAAAAGUCUUUGGUAGAAGAAGAAGAAACAUGAGGAAGGAAGAUACAGUGAAGCUGAUCAGCGCGGAGGGGUUCGAGUUCGUCAUCGACAAGGAAGCGGCCAUGGUUUCCCAGACCAUCCGCAACAUGCUCACCUCUCCAGGUAGUUUCGCUGAGACGCAGCAUGGAGAAGUGAGAUUUCCGGAAAUAAGCACCACCAUUUUAGAGAAAAUUUGCCAAUAUUUCUACUGGUCCCUUCAAUAUGCCAAGGGAAAGGAGACUGAAUUCCAUAUUGAACCUGAACUGACUCUGGAACUGAUGAUGGCUGCUAAUUAUCUCCAUACUUGACCAAAUUGUUUUGCUUGCUUCUUGGGUGGCAAUUCUUAAUUUAGACGGGAUAUUAAAGGAGGACAUUGUCUCCCGAGAAGACUUAUAAGUCAUAGGUUUUCUGUGCUUGUGUCAUCACUGCUGUGGAUUGGAAUUGAGGGAGGCAUGGCAAGGUCAUUUUAUUCAUCAAACUUGUAAUGUCAUUGAUGUAACUUUGAACGUAUUUCGGAACCCAUAGCAAAUUGAACAUGACUGAAUGAUGUGACUUAGCUAUUAUUAAGUAUAAACUGCACAAAGUGUUUAUCUUAACAUACACUUUAUUGAAAAAAAAAAAAGUCUUAACAUA